AUGGAUUUUAAAGAGUUUGGAGCUGACUGCACAGAUGGAGGCGAGGAGGAUCUGGACAGCGUCAAAGCUCUGACGGAGAAGCUGAAGCUGCAGACGCGCAGACCGUCCUAUCUGGAGUGGCAGGAGAGGCUGCAGAACCAGCCGUGGACUGACAGAAGUGCUGCAGACUCCGAGGAGGAAGACGGCUCCAUCCCUGCUGUCACCAGGAACGAGAACUCGGAGCUGGUGGUGCGCAACAUCUGCGGCUUUGAUACCAUUGAUGAUGCUUUGGAGUUUCUGAGAAAAGAGCUGAGGGAGAUGCAGGUUCAGGACAACCGUCUGGCCCGCCAGCUGAUCCGCCUGCGUGGGGAGAUCCACCGGCUGAAAGUGGAGCAGGUGUGCCACCGCCACAAGGAGAUGCUGGACGACGCCACCUACGAGCUGGAGGAGUGCGGGGAGGAGUUGGACCUGCUGUGCGACAUCCCCAUGAAGGCGGCCUUUGCUCUGUCCAUGCCUCUGAAGCACCUGGGCCUCACCAAGAUGAACAUCAACUCCAGGCGGUUCUCGCUGUGUUGAACCUGAUGUUCCCCCUGAAAGCACCAUCUUCUUCUUCUUCGAGGCGCUGCAGGUCAGAGUGAGGAGUGGCGCUCAGUGACUAUUUCCCACGAGGGAGCAUGGAAACUAAUGGGCUUUGACGUGACAUGGAUGAGGAAGCAGCUGUUUGCACACCUGCAGAGACCCACACCUUUAAGCCUCCAGAUCUUCCUGCUGGACUGAGCUGCUGUUUGCACUUCUUUGCACGCUGCAGGCAUUUUUGAAAGAGCAAGUCUGAAGUAAAUUUGAAAUGCACUUUUAUAAUUCCUUAAAGGAAUGCAAGUCACCUGUCGCAUUUCAUCCCAGAGUUUGAGAAGGUCAACUGAGAUAGCUGAAAUGUCACACUCAGAGCAGGUGUUGCAAAUAAGGCUCAGCUACUACCACAUUACAUUUUAUCUGUAAAACAAACUGAGCUAAAACCAUUUUUGUGGCCAGUUAUCGUGAUCAAAAUCUACAAAAGCUACUUUUUGAAAUGCAAACGACCAGUCAAAUGUUGCAUUGGUUUUAAAAUGUCACAAAUAAUAAUCCAAAGGUUCAUAGUGUGUCUGUGUCCGCCUGCAGGGAUCAGAUAAAGAAAAUGUUCAGCAAGUCUUAAAAGUGAGCAGAGUCCCUCUGUGCAGCAACACACUCUUAAAGCCUUCAUCAAUCUGCACCAGGAAGCACACAGAGUUUUUACACGUCUUUGUCACAAACCAAAAAUAUCACUACAGUGACGAGACACAGGAGGCUGGUUUGAUCUGCAGCAGCAUGCCGAUGCUGCACGGGUUAUAUAAAACUGGAAAGUGACCAAAUGCUUCUUGCAGCUCAGUGGAUAACAGCAGGCAUGUUAAGUGGUUGGGUUUAUAGUUUAAAGGUACUCAUAAAGUAAGAAGUCAAACACAAGAAUUGUUUUUAUUACCAGGAAAUCCAUGUAAAUUAAUUUUUCCCCCACUUAAAAUUAGUUCAAGGAUGAGUUCAAUGUUUAAAAUCAUAUUCUGUGCAGAAAAUUGGGCACUAAACACUGAAUGUUUGCAUGGGAUUAUUAAAGAAAAUGUCUGAAAUGUAAAGUUUUUUUUUUCUUGCACAUGAAAUAAAAUCAUAAAGCAACUUUUUCUCAUAUCAUAUAACAUUCAGACGUUUAUAUACUGACAAUAAAACUAUUUAAAGGCC